UUAGAUACCGCUGUGUCCAGGCAGCUCAUUGACAAGAUCUAUGAGAAACGCAAAGCAGCAGCCCUUGAACUUGAGAAGCAAAUUCGAGAGUGCCAGCAACAGGGGGAACACAAGCGCAUCAGCCAAAUCAUUGACCAACUUGUUGACAUGUUCAGCAACACCGCGAACCCUCUCCACAUUAGGAAUGGCGGACUCAUCGGUUUAGCUGGUACCGCGAUAGCGUUGGGCGUAGACGUGGCUCCCUACAUGGAAAAAUUUGUCAGGCCACUGCUUGAUUGUUUUGUCGAUCCAGAGAAUAGGAUCAGGUAUUUUUCUGCGGAGUGCUUAUACAACAUCGCCAAAGUGUCGAAGGGAGAGGUUCUGGUAUACUUCAACGACAUAUUCGAUGCCCUGAGCAAGUUAGCAGCCGACUCUGAGCUCUCUGUCAAGAAUGGUGCUGAACUUCUUGAUCGACUGUUGAAGGAUAUCGUUGCGGAAUCCGCUUCCGUGUAUAUUCCCCUUUAUCCCGAAACGGAGAAAGUACGUGACGACAGAGACGAAGCGGUUGGGGUGCUUGUUCCUCUACCAGAUGGGCUGCCCGGAGAAGGCGCGAAGAAAGCCUUCUCGCUGGCGCACUUUAUCCCGCUACUCCGGGAACGUAUCUACGUUGUUAGCCCCUUUACAAGGAGCUACCUCGUAUCUUGGAUGAACGUGCUAGAUUCAGUUCCUGAGUUGGAGCUGAUUUCAUAUCUUCCUGAGUUUCUGGACGGUCUUUUGAAAUAUCUUUCGGAUCCCACGGAGGAUGUGCGAGUUGCGACUGAAAAUCUAUUAGCUGACUUCCUCCGUGAGAUUCGCGAUGUGACAGUUGUCUCUCGGCAACUCGACCAAUAUACCAUGAGGACUUCAGUUGAGUUUACACGACGUGCUGACGCGACCCUCGAAAAGCUACCCGAUCUUACACUGGACAAUGCUGAACGGGCAUUGUUUAUUCUAGAGAAUGACGACCAGUCCCAUCAGGCUAGCGAGUCCGCCGUAAAGGAAGAUUCUUCGCCAGAGAUCAACGACCCAUGGAUACCUGGGCAAGGUGUUCAAAUUGAUUUCGCCUCAAUUAUCGAAAUAUUAAUUCAGCAACUCGAUGGAGAACAUGACGAAAUUCAGCAAUCUAUGGCUUUGAGAUGGCUAGCAGAAUUCCUUACCUUUGCACAGGAUGUCAUGGUUCCCUUCACACCCCGGCUCAUCCCUGCCAUUUUGCCCAAUCUCGCCCACCACGUUGCUAUGAUUCAAUCAGCCGCUAUUCGCACCAACAAGUUGUUGCUGAAUGUUGUUCAAAAUCUCCCUUCUCCCGUCGAAACUCCUCCCCCCACACGGCCGAUUGCCGAGAAACCACAACCAAGCAGGAUUCCUAGAUCUCCAACACCUACAACGUCUACAACCAACUCAAGACAAUCUACACUUGGUAGUCAAGUCAGCCAAGCAUCAAGAGAGGUCGCAACCCCUGAUAUCCUUCCGGACCAAGAAGAUACAGAUCUAUUCGAUUACCAGGCCACAGUGAAUGAGCUGACAAUCCAGUUUUUGAGCGAGUUCGAAGAAACAAGGGUAGCUGCAUUGAAAUGGCUGAUUAUGUUACACCAAAAGGCUCCUAAGAAGAUCCUCGCCAUGGACGAUGGGACAUUUCCGGCUUUACUCAAGACAUUAUCCGAUAGUUCAGAGGAGGUGAUAAAACACGAUUUGCAACUCCUAGCACAGAUAUCCUCUAGUUCAGAAGAGAAUUACUUCAAAGCGUUUAUGAUCAAUCUUUUGGAGCUCUUCAGCACCGAUCGGAGGUUGCUAGAAACGAGGGGAAGCCUCAUCAUCAGACAGUUAUGCCUUAAUUUGAACACGGAGAAGAUUUACCGUACAUUUGCAGAAAUCUUGGAGAAGGAAGAUGAUCUCGAAUUUGCAAGUGUCAUUGUUCAGAAGUUGAACAUCAUCCUCAUCACAUCUCCCGAACUUGCGGAUUUUCGGAAACGGCUGAAAAGCCUAGAAACUCGGCAAGAUGGCCAAGCACUGUUCACAACGCUCUACCGAUCAUGGUGUCACAACGCGGUCGCAGUAUUUUCCCUCUGCCUGCUCGCUCAAGCUUAUGAACAUGCAUCGAAUCUGCUCUACAUUUUUGCUGAUUUAGAAAUUACUGUGCCGAUGCUCGUGCAAGUCGAUAAGCUUGUGCAACUCAUCGAAUCACCGGUCUUCACAUACAUUCGACUACAAUUACUGGAACCAGAUCGAUAUCCGUAUCUCUUCAAGUGUCUCUAUGGCUUGUUGAUGCUGCUGCCACAAAGCACUGCAUUCGUCUCACUGCGAAAUCGGCUCAAUGCAGUUAAUUCUGCAGGGUUUCUACACAUUGCUCCGAAGCCAACGAUAGGUCCUAUAUCCAGUCGUUCAAAGAUUGGUCGCGACGAUAUCAAGUGGCAAGAGCUGCUCCUCCAUUUCCGGUCGGUGCAAGCUAGACAUGAAAAGGCUCGACGACAGGCACUUGGUGCAGAUACGUCGACGAUCUCGGGGUUUCCUGACUUGGAUAAGCUGGGUGACAUGACAGGCGAGAGACCAGGACGUGCACCAACAACCGGUCGCCCACCCAUGCGUCGAAGAGUUACGGGUGGAGAGUUACCAAACCCCAUGUCCCCAGCACCACCUCUUGCCAGCAAGGGCGGGGCGUUAUCGCCUUUGAACCCGAAGGCAAGGGUUCCAAGCGGAUUGACGGGAAUAAUACCUUCCCAGAGUGGUGCAAGCGUUACGUCCAGCAACACGAAUGCGGCGGCGGCACUGACGCAGGCACAGAAGCAACGUCGCCCUAUCGAUUUGGCGAGGAGAGCCUAA